AUGACAUUGAUAUUUUCUCUUUACUACAAUAAAAUUAAAAAUUAAAUAUACAAAAAAACAAGUAAAAUUACCAGUUAUCAUGGCUUGCGGUAAUUGUGGUCCAACCCAAGGAAUGUGUCCAACUGUAUUUGAACAACGCCUGCGAGAAUUAUACGAAUACAACUGCAUGUUGCGACAGCAUUACCGUUGCUUGCUCUCUAUAUUCAAAACAAUGCAAAGGGAAUUCACCAAAGCCAAAGAAGAAAGACACCAUUUGGAAUACCACAGGACAUUCAGACCCCCUAACCCAGACUGGAAAAUAUGCCCCUCGCCUCUUGCACCACCACCGUGCGUGCAUCUGCUCCGAAGCAACGAUAUAGACCGAUUAUGCGAAGAAUUUAAGAACCUUUGGCCUACACUAAGCCAAGUGUUAGCCGAAAGGAACGAAAGAAAAUGCGAAAAUCAACGAUUGAAAAGAAAACUGUUGAAACUGAAGAAGAAAUACACGCCCGACGAUCUAUAUAAUUAAUGCAUUGUAAGGACCAAAAUGGAUGGGAAAUAAAAUAAC